AUGGGAAAUCAACAGAAUCGAUAUCACCUGCCUCGGCACCUCCUCAACGGAUCCGAUGUUGCAACAAUGGCUUUAAUCAACGAGACAAGAAGCAACCCGACUAGUAACGACGCGAAUUUCGACAGCAACAUGGUGAUAAUAUUGGCAGCUUUGCUAUGUGCAUUAAUAUGUGCGCUUGGCCUAAAUUCAAUUGUGCGCUGUGCAUUAAGGUGCAGCCGGAGAUUUGCCUUGGAAACUCCCGAGGGUGUAGCCUCACGUUUGGCCUCAUCGGGUCUAACCAAGGACGCGUUACGUAAAAUCCCGGUGGCUGUUUACAAGUCGGGAAUCAAUAUCGCAGCCACGGAUUGUCCCAUAUGCCUGGGAGAAUUUAGUGAAGGAGAGAAAGUACGGAUUUUGCCCAGAUGCAAUCAUGGUUUCCAUGUCAAGUGCGUGGAUACGUGGCUACUGUCGCAUUCAUCCUGUCCAACUUGUCGGCAGCUGUUGUUUGGACAUCCUACUCCGGCGAAUACUUGA